CUCUCUUACACAAAUAAAACGCUUCCUGGAAUAAUCCGAACGAGCACAUUGGAACCUGUCUGUGUGCUCAAAGUGCAUCGCAUCGCAAAGGCAGGAGGAAGCACGGGAGCAAUACAAGCGCAAUAUCUACAAGUGCGCGCUUAUCUUUUUAAAUGCAAAUCUUUUAAAAUGCAAAUCCUUUUGAGGUGUGGGGGGAGUUAGAUUAAUAAACUGACGUCACCGGCCGUUGCUGCGCUCUCACUAAUAGCACCUUUGUAAACAAUCCUUCAUCAUGUGGGAUCCAGUCAAUUUGCCCUGAUCAUCAGAAGAAGAGAGUACUUGAAACGGGUCAUAAAGGAAACAAAAUAGGACCCUAAUGGACUAAAAAAGACCCUUCCUUGUGUGUUUCCUAAUAGUAUGCGUAUUGCGCCAUCCCCGUUGCCGCCAUGUACGUAAGCUACCUUUUGGAUAAAGAAGCAAGCAUGUACCCGAGUUCUGUUAGGCAUUCUGGACUGAAUCUUGGUGCUCAGAAUUUUGUCAGCCCGCCACAGUACCCGGAUUACGGGACCUAUCACGUCCCAGGAGUGAAUUUGGACAGUGCUACACAGCCGGCAGUCUCCUGGCAUUCCCCGUAUGGACCACCCCGCGAGGAAUGGAGUGCGUACGCGCCCGUGCCAACAAACGGGGCGCAUUCCAUCAAUGCGUCAGCGGGGACGCUUCCAUACUCCGCGGCCGAUUAUAACCCCGUCCAGCAUUCGGGUGGCGGGGUUAUCCAUGCCCUCAACACCAGCGCAGCUGAACACCAAGCCCCCAGCAGUCCGAGGCGCUCUUACGAAUGGAUAAAGAAGACCCCCCAGCCAGUCAUCACCGGUCCAGGUAAAACUAGAACAAAGGACAAGUACCGCGUUGUUUAUACAGACCACCAGAGGCUGGAACUGGAGAAAGAAUUCCACUACAGUCGGUACAUAACGAUUCGACGGAAAGCGGAGAUCUCAGGUACCCUGGGACUGACUGAAAGACAGGUGAAAAUCUGGUUUCAGAACAGAAGAGCCAAAGAAAGAAAGCUAACCAGGAAAAAAAAUCAGUCUGAACCCGGCUCAGUUCACAGCGGUUCCGACGGCCGCCCCAGUCCCCAGCCUGCAUUGGAACCCGCGCCUCUGCCGCACCAUGCGGGGAUUCGCUGCCCCAGCGCCGCGGUGUUAUCAGCGCUAGUACCGCAGUGAAAUAAUGCACCUGAAAUACAAAUCGAGCGCGGGUUUUAUCGAUGGCGUCCGUACAAUCGAGGUAUUUUGAAGAAGAAAAAAAACUGUGAAAAGGCUAUUUGCUGAGACACUUUUUAAAGAGAGAGAUAUAUCGUCUAAAUUUGCAGAGCUGGUAAAUGUAAAUGGUAAGACGCUCCUAGAAUGAACCCAUUCUUACGAACAGCACUCCACGAACACCUACGAAGACUUUCUGUUUACAGGACUGAACGAAAUCUAACCGAUUUGGGGAGUUCUCAAGGACGGAUAUUCUAUAAAUGUCAGAAAUAUUACUGUUUGUCUGUUUGUCUUUGAUCCUUUGUGUACAUCUACGCAGUCGGUCUACAUCUUGUCAAUACAAUUAUUAUUCGUUGAUUCUCAGGGAAGUGGAAAUAUUAUUUGUAAUGUAGAUCAUUUUUUAAAUUGUUUUUAAGUGGACACGCUUUGGCUACAUCCUACAUUCUGCUUCAUGAGAAAUAACACAUCGCUACAGGACGGCGAACGAGGACGCCCCUUUACCCGAGGCGCUGCGAAAACUUCAGCCAUGCAGCUGUGCUUUCUCUCGAAUCCGUACUGGUAAACCUACACAGUGGACCUCUAAAAGCUUAAGCAUUACACACAAAGAUUACGCAACAGAUUGUUAACACAUCUCAGUGUUAAGAAUUGAAUUGUUUUAAACUAGACACUCAAAAACACACAUGGUGAAAGCGUCAUUUCAAUCCAAUUGCAGCGCAUAUGAAUUCAUUGUAAUAUAUUACAUACUCCAGCAGUGUGUUUAAAGAUAUUGACCGCACUCAAUCAGUUUGCUUUUCUUUUUUGAUGAUACGUUGUCUUAUUGCUCACGGUCUCACAGCAAAUCGUCAUUAGCGCAGUCUUAUUCUGAAAGGAAUAAACACACAUUACAAGGACCUGUCUUUAUUGGGCGAGUUUUAAUUCCUUUUUGAACAAAUAAAUCGCGCUAAGAGCUUUGAGCACCGAGCCAUUUCUUCACCUGUGGUUUCCUUUGCCUAUUGUACAUUAUGAGCAGGCCCAGUCUGUAUUUGAUACCGCUUGUGAGAUUGAGGCUUCAUUCCUACCAAUGUGCUUUUAGCCUUACAGUGGAGAACGUGGACAUGGCCUUUAAUAAAACGGACAUUUCUGGAGUUCCGUUAUGAAAAUCGUGAAAAUGCUUGCACUGUGUGUAUAUACGCUGUACUGUACGGUUUUAUAUUUAGAAAAAAACAACAACAAACAAAUGCAUACACAUUACAGUAUGUAUUAGAACACCUCAAGAUGUGUCAUUGAUAUCCUUUAUAUACCCACCUGCAUGAAAACCUCUGGGUGUGAGAAUUUCAAUUACCGUUCAGUAUUCAGUGAUAUAGAAACAAUAGGCACUCAUGUGUGAAAAUGUUAGACCACUUUGUACUUUAAUUAGGCAUCUUAAUAAACUUCUAAAAAAAGUCUCAUGCUUUUUACCA